AUGCCGAUGACAUGGGUGAACAGCUCUGUCAUUCCCCUUGGCGCUAGCUCCUUACAGUCCCUGCUCACCCCAAAUGACACCUUUAACAGCUCGUUGCUCAAUGUCACAGACACAGGUGGCGGCUUCAACCCCAGUGUGGCGGGAGUCCUCAUCCCGCUCAUAUACAUCACUGUCUGCAUCAUCGGACUGGGCGGGAACACUUUGGUCAUCCACAUCGUCCUGCGCUACUCCAAAACUGAGUCGGUCACCAACAUCUACAUCCUCAAUCUGGCCAUCGCCGACGAGCUGUUCAUGCUGGGCCUGCCCUUCCUGGCUGUCCAGAAUGCCCUCCUCUACUGGCCAUUCGGCUCCUUCAUGUGCCGUUUGGUGAUGACUGUAGACGGGAUCAACCAGUUCACGAGUAUCUUCUGCCUGACCGUGAUGAGCAUUGACCGCUACCUGGCCGUGGUCCACCCCAUCCGAUCAUCCAAGUGGCGCAAGCCCCAGGUGGCAAAGGCGGUGAACGUGACCGUGUGGGUAGUGUCCUUCGUUGUGGUGCUGCCCGUGGUCAUCUUUGCCGACGUCCUCAAAGAGGAAGGGAACUGCAACAUCAUUUGGCCUGAGCCGGCAGACAUCUGGAAGGCGGCCUUCAUUAUCUACACAUCGACGGUCGGGUUCUUCGGCCCCCUCCUGGUGAUCUGCCUCUGCUACCUGCUGAUCGUCAUCAAGGUCCGCAGUACAGGGAAAAAGGUACGGGCCACCUCGACCAAACGCAGGCGGUCGGAGCGCCGCGUCACGCUGAUGGUUGUAAUAGUGGUGGCCGUCUUCGUAUUCUGCUGGCUCCCUUUCUACGCCCUCAACAUCAUCAACCUUGUGGUGCUGUUGCCGGCAGAGUUCCGUGGGCUCUACUACUUCGUGGUCGUCCUGUCCUACGCCAACAGCUGUGCCAACCCCAUAGUGUACGGCUUCCUCUCGGACAACUUCAAGCGGGGGUUCCGGAAGGCCCUGUGCCGCUCCUCCCGGAAGGUGGAGAACCAGGAGCAUCUGGGGACCGAUCACCAGCAGGUGGCCAGGAGGAUGGUGCUGGAGCCGAGGGAAAGCCUAAGAAGAACUAUGGGAGAUGAGGAUGUUGAGGCCAGAGGGGAAGCUACUGAGAUGACUGAGAUCUGCAGGAUUGCACAGAAUGGGAAUGGAAAUGGACAGCCAGAGAGCUCCAGAACCCUAUUUCUGCAAAGGGGGAAAACAGCAGGGGCCUCUGAGGCAGCUUCCCCUGAUGGACUUCAAGCAGGGGAGUUGAAUGGGAAAGGUCCAGGCUCGGGCCCUGUGACAACCCUUCCCUCAUUACUCAAUGGAGCCAAAAACAGUAGUGUAAAACCACUGCCUGAGGAACCAGUAGAUAAGAACACCUCACUGGAGAUCAGUUAUCUGUGA